AUGAAGACUCUUGAGUCGUCCCUGGACAAGAAUCAAGUUCUGAUUGAAGCUAAGGAGCUUAAGGAGGACCAGAACAAAAUUCAAGUUUCCGAUAUCCCAAAGGAGUCUCCAUUGAAAACGCCUUGGGUAAAGGCACAAAGAUCUCGCGGAUAUGCGAAUUUUGAAUCAAACUUGGUCUGCUAUUCAAGAACGGACUCUACCAAUAAUAUUCUGUAUUUGAAAAUCUUGGGAAACGACCUUUUUUCCAAUGCUGAUGUCCAAAGCCCGGAGCUUUUAGUGAGAAGCCUAAUCCGGCUUCCCAUUGUGAUGGACUGCAUAUCGGAGAUUGGUGUUGAACACCGAACUAUCGACGAUUACACUGAAGAUGUAAAACUCCACACAGGCGGCAUAUCUGUUGGUCUUGAGACCAUCAUUGAUUAUAAAGGUAGCGAUCGGGAUCUUAUUGUCAUUCUAGAUAACCAGAAAUUUUCGAUAUUGCCGACCAUCUCAACUCACGGAUUGUCCCAAAAUGUCCCUCGCUUGCUGGACCUUAUUGAUGAGACCUUGAGAAUACCCAAUUUCAGUGACAAACUGCGCCUAAAAAACCUGAUUUUGUCUUCAAGCUCGUCAGGCAUAACGAGUAUAGCAAAUUCGGGCCACAGCUAUGCAAUUCUUUAUGCAGAGGCUUUGGAGGGAAUUACUCAAAUAUUCUAUCUUGAUCACCUUUGUUCCCUGAUUUCCUGCAAAGAUGAAAAUCCUGAUUUGGAUCGGUCAGUUUUAAAGUUCACAAAAGAUUGGGAAGCAAUAGUGUGCAGAGGAAUUUGCGACCGAUUUUCCAUCUUGGGGGCGGAGGACUCUAUAAUAGCCUCGGCUGCGGAGACUGUUUUUGAUAUAUUUUCUAAUGGAGGCCCGUUAGCUUGCAAGGCUGGAGGUACCAGACUGCCGUUCUCCGAAGAAGAUGCCAGUAAAUUACCUAUCCCUGAUGGCACCAAUACAUACUUUGACUUUCCAUUUCCAGUAUCAUCCACUGCCACGUCAUUCAUGACCGUACCAUGGUGCGAUGACGACUCUCCAAAAUUCAAGAAAUCAAUUGGCUGGAUCAAAUCUGAAGAUAACGGCCCAAACGACCAAGACAUUUUGGAGGCCAAGCUUUCCAUAUUUAAAUCCAUGGAUGCCCCAGUCGAUAUUGACUCUUUGGGCAUGACCGAAUUUAUCCAUCGAAUCAGCAGUGAGGAAAGAGACGCACGAAGAAAAAAGUUACUAUCGGUCACUCUGCAUGAUAUCAAAGAGCUACUCAAUAGGGUUUGGCCAACCGGAGGCCAAGGACCGAAAGGCUGUUCAGUAAUCAUAGGUGGCGGAAUAUCUCCACCUGCCGAUUGGAGGAUAAUUAAGGGACCAGGCUGUUCUCAAAGCUAA